ACCCCGGCGAUACAACUCGAUCGCCGCCUUCUGUAAUCAAAAUGUUACAGUUCCCAUGACAUCAUACACAGGACCAGAUAUAAUACCAGACACCGUCUUCAAGGUUCUUACAGAGGCCAACUCUGAGCAAAUCAAGCAUUGCCUUCCAAUCAAUCAAUCACACGUGCGAAACCCCCACCAUGGGCUACGACUUCACCGUUUACAAAGGCUCCCAGGACGGUUCGAUUCAGAAAUCAAGCACACAUCGCGAUGCACUCCAGAAAGACCAAGUGCUCGUCCGCGUGACACACUCCGGGGUGUGUUUCACAGACGUGCACUACCGGCACACCGACAUGGCGCUGGGCCACGAAGGCGCCGGCGUGGUCGAAGAAACCGGGCCCGAAGUGCAGGUCCUCAAGAAGGGCGACCGGGUCGGCUGGGGCUACGAGCACGACUGCUGCGGGCGGUGUUCGCAGUGUCUGACCGGGUGGGAGACGUUCUGUGCCGAGCGGAAGAUGUACGCGGCGGCCGACCUGGACCAGGGGUCAUUCGCGUCGCAUGCCGUGUGGCGCGAGUCGUUCCUGUUCCCGAUCCCAGACGGAAUCAAGAACGAAGACGCGGCGCCGUUGAUGUGCGGCGGGUCGACGGUGUUCAACGCGCUGCAUGUGGCGCAGGUGCGGCCCACGGCGCGCGUGGGGAUCAUCGGCGUCGGGGGCUUGGGCCAUUUGGCUAUUCAGUUCGCGGCCAAGAUGGGCUGUCAGGUUGUUGUGUUCUCAGGGAGUGAUAAUAAGAAAGACGAGGCGACGAAACUGGGCGCUACGGAGUUCUAUGCGACGAAGGGCGUGAAGGAGCUGAAGAUCGACAAGAAGUUGGACAACCUCGUCGUCACUACUAGCAGUCAGCCGGAUUGGAAUCAGUAUGUUAACGUUCUGAAUCCCGGGGCUACGAUUUCGCCGCUGUCGGUCGACACGGAGGACUUCAAGUUCCCGUAUAUGCCGCUUUUGGCCAAUGGCUUGAAGGUCGUGGGCACGCUCGUCUCAGCGAGACAGGUCCAUCGUGAUAUGUUGGAUUUUGCGGCCUUCCAUGGUAUCAAGCCUAUUAAUAUGACUUAUCCGAUGACUAAGGAGGGUAUUGAGGAUUGCUUGAAGACGUUGGAGGAGGGCAAGAUGAGGUAUCGGGGUUUGCUUGUUGCACAGUAGUGCUGAUGUCUUAAUACAGAGAUUAUUAUUCAUUAGGUGUGUAAUUAUUAAUACCUUGCAAGAUACUUGCCCCUAUA